CCAAAUUCGGGUGUGGGCCCACAAUGAGGACGCAGUAUUACAUAGCAAUAUGGAUUCCAUAAUCGAUCGAUUGAUCAAAUGUGACAAUCCCCAAAACGGCUUGCAAUUGCCCGAGAAUCAGAUCCGAUUCGUCUGCUAUUAUGCCCGUAGGUCUCUCCUGGAGGAGGAGAGCCUACUGCGGCUGAAGCCACCGAUAAAGAUCUGCGGCGACAUCCAUGGACAGUUCUCCGAUCUCUUGAGGAUCUUUCACUUGGGCGGACAUGUACCAAAAGAAACGUACCUCUUUCUGGGCGACUAUGUGGACCGUGGCAAGCUGUCCGUGGAGACCCUUACCCUGCUGUUGGCCUACAAGGUGCGGUAUCCGAAGAACAUGUAUCUGGUCCGCGGCAAUCACGAGUGCGCCAAAAUGAACCGCAUCUACGGGUUCUUCGACGAGUGCAAGCGGCGAUAUUCCGUCAAUCUUUUCAGGAGUUUUGUCUCCGCCUACGACUGCAUGCCCCUGGCGGCCGUUGUGGGGAAGAAGAUAUUCUGCGCGCACGGAGGCAUUAGUCCGAGAAUGACCUGCCUGAACGACAUAGCGGAAGUGGAGCGGCCGUUGGAGGUGCCCGAUGUGGGACUCGUGUGCGACCUUUUGUGGUCCGAUCCGGAUGAAAAGACCAGGGGUUGGGGCGAGAAUGAGCGCGGUGUGAGCUACACUUUCGGGCAUGACGUUGUGAAUCUAUUCUGCAAGCGCAUGAAGGUCGACCUGAUUGUUCGAGCCCAUCAGGUGGUGGAGGAUGGCUACGAUUUCUUCUCCCGCCAGCUGAUCACCAUCUUCUCGGCCCCGAACUACGCCGGGCAAUUCGACAAUGCGGGGGCCAUCAUGAACGUGGAUGAAAAUCUGGUGAUUACCUUUAUCAAUCAGGCCCACGUACAGCGUAAAGCCAGGCGGCUCCCAAGGAAAGUUAUUGUCGGCCACCGGACUUAAUCGGAACCUGUAGGAGGAAAUCAUUGC